AUGAGGACGACACAGCAACGACAAGUGUGCAUCCUUCUACCAAACAAGCAGCACCUGGACUGUACUGUCAGGGUGAGAGCCAGAGGCCAUGAGGUUUUAAAUAGUGUGUUGCAGCAGCUUGAUGUCAGUGAACUCCAAGUGUUUGGUCUGACUGUCCUCAGAGAUAAUGAAUACCUCUUUCUUGAUCUGGAGCAAAAGCUGAGCAAGUACUUUGGCAAAAGAUGGAACAGAGGAUCCUUAAAGGUCCCAUUCAUCUUAUUUCUCAGAGUGCAGUAUUAUGUAGAGAGCGGGCGGCUGAUAAUGAGCAGCAAAGUGCGGCAGCUCUACUACACUGAGCUGAGGCAGAAGGUGCUGCAUUCACAGAGCCGCCAGCAGGAAGCUUUGUUCUUCCAGCUGGCAGCUUCUGCACUCCAAGCUGAAGUCGGAGAUCUGGAGCAGGGAGCAGAGGGGAAUGAUGAUGAAGAGGAGAGAAAACACAGACAUUACUUCCUUCCUGAAGAUUACUUCCCCUCCUGGCUGAUAAAACGUCGUGGACGAGACUUCCUCCUCCAGCACUGCCCGGUGUUACACGAUGAGCUGAGAGGUCUGACACGUAGCCAAGCUGUCCUGCAGUUUAUAAAAGAGGUCAGCAACCUGCAGGAUGGACCAGCCACCUUCUACAGGAUGAGACAGGAGAAAAGAGAGCUGAGAAGUUCGAUCCUUCUUGGUGUGACAAUGAAAGGAGUCCAUAUUUAUCAGGAGGUGGAAGGGAGGCAGUGUCUAUUGUAUGAUUUUUCCUGGACCGACAUUGACCGUCUCACUUUCCAGGGCAGCAGGUUUGAAAUCACUGCAGUGGGCUCUCUGUGCCUCCCUAAGCUGCUGUAUUACACUCCUUCAGCCUUCCACUCCAAACACGUCCUGCGGCACCUCAGUGACAGUCACCGGCUCCACAUGGACACCAGGGGGGCAGCCUGCUGCAUCCAACAGCUGGAAGACAUGCAGGCCAAUCAGUUCUACAAAGAGGCCUAUAUCUGUGACACAACACGCUUAGCACACAGACUCCACACCAACAGCCUCUCAUCCACCAUGUCCGACUGCAGUGUCAGAGUCGAAACAACCACAACCUGGUCCAAAGAAGAAGAGGAGGAAGAUAAAGUCACAGAGUUUGAGCUGUGUGUGAACGAGCCAGAAGAAUAUUUUGUCGACAACUCAGCUGAGGUGUCGUGGCUGGCUGAGCUGUCUGUCGAUGGACCUUCUGAUUGGGAAGCUGUCACAAUGGAAAUGAAACAGGUUCUGAGGAGGAGAGCUGAUGAAGGGGUUUCUGUGGACUAACAAUACAUUUCUGAUCUUCUGCUACAUUACGAACCACCCUCACCUCUCAGGUUGCCUGGGACAGGUCUGCUCUCUGUCCCCACAGUGAAAACCUAACAUGGGGAAGCAUCGACCAGUUUAACUGUAGUUUUUGCUGCUGCUUAAUAUUAAAUCAAAUAGUUUCUUACACUGCACUGUAACUUUUAUUCUAGUAUUUUAUACCUGUCUUAUGUUAUCUUAGAUUGUUUUGAUUUUCUGUUCUCUUGGCUCUUUAUUGACCUUAUAAAAUUAAUUUCAAUGUUUUUUCAUGGUGUUUCUUUGCACUUUCUCUCAAAGAUUUUUAUGUUUAAUGUGUUGCAUUUUCAAGUGCCUUGUUGUUGAAAUGUGCUAUAUAAUAUAAAAAACUUGCCGUGCCUAUAAUUUAAAGCCAGAGGUUUAAUAAUAUAUAAACUAUUCUUUAAUAACUAUACUGUAAACCCCAA